AUGGACGGCUGGGACGUUUUCUUGGACGCCACUCCGCCGCCGUCCGCCGCGCCUAGCGGCGGGGCGACGCGCCCGCGACCCGCCGCCGGCAGCCAACCGCCAGCCCUGGGGGCGCCGCUGUGCAGGGACUUCCAAUUCACUCGCCUCAGUGACUACACCAUCGACAGGUACGAGAAGCACGUCGCCUUGUGUGAUUCUGUAGAUUGCGUCAUCUGUUUCGCAGCUAAACGCCUGGGUACAUCGCACUGGUUCUGGCGCGAAACCCUCUUGGACCCUCUGGCCCCAGACCGCGGUACGUGGGCAGCGUUCGCGACGAUGUCGACGGGAAGGCCAGCGCUGGGCUGCUGGAUAUGCUCUACAAGCACCAAGAUGAACAAGCCCGGCCUCGCCCAAUUCACUUUGGAUUCGCCUGAUGCCCUGAUCCAAUCCAACAUCAAGAAGCACGUGAGCUCCCAGAUUCACAAGGAGCUGAGCAGCGUCGUCGUUGGCACCAUCGCAUCUGGGAAGACGCCUGUCCAAAUUACGGUCCUGCUCAUGCGCAUCAGGGGCUGCGAUAAGAACAUCAACGUGAUGAGCGGUAUCGUCGGUGCAUGUGAUUUGACAAAGCCGCCGUUCAACGGCAGAGCGACUGGCAUCCGGGACGCUUCCCUGCACGUCCUUCGGGAGUUUUGCACGCCACUUCGGGACCCGCCGUUUUCGAAGAAGCACGGCAAAUUCGACCAGAAGCUGUUCAAGAGCGUGUGCGAGUCCGUGCAGAUGUAUACAGCUGACUCUGCAGCGCCGGAGCAAGUGGCUGGCAAGUUCUUGAAGGACCUUCUGCCGCUGCUGGCAGCUGGGUGCAUUUCUCGCGACGCGCUCCCUAACUUGAAAAAGGUUGCGCAGGACAAGCCCCACGGCGUCCGGAGGGUGUGCUCGAGGGCAUGGGCUGCAGACCAGUACCUGAGCGACACGGCGGACAUCAUGAUCCUCGCGAAAGGUUCGAUCACGACCCUGAUACAGAACUCCCCGACGUUCAAGGGAUGGUUUCAGCAACACAAUGAGAAGUUGGAUCACUGCCCGUUCCAGGCCAACAGGAUCCGCGACCUGAGCUUCGCAAAGCAUCGCUUCAAUUCGACGCAGAAGCCUUUCGGGCGACACGUCCUGAUGUUCAAGAGCGUGAUUGCGACGGCAACCCAGAUAGCUACCUCUCGCGUGGGCAAGCAGGAGAGCAAGCUGGCCUCGGCGUACUUGUCCUUUCUGGACGUGGAGCGCGCAGUCACGUUGGCUCUCCUGGCAGAUGCGGGGGACGAGUGCAACAUGCUCAUCCGCGUCAUGGACACCGAGCGCAUGGACGUCUCUGCUGUUUCCAUGAACUUGCGCGCCUUCCUCAGCAGGAUCCAUGCUCUCUUCGUUGAUGAACAUUGUUGGAAGCUCGGCUACACGCAGUACAUGGUGCAGCAACUUCAGGAGCCCGUGCUCCUCCUCGCAAUGGAUGGUCAGAAGACGCUGGGAUGCGCGGCCGGCGUCCCCGUCGACGUCAAGAGGAGGUGCGUGCAACGGAUGGCUAAUUGGGUCCACUUGGCCCGCGAGACCAUACGUGCAGAAAUUCGAGAGUUCGAGAUCAUCUACGCGAUGAGGGCAUUCAAUCUCGGCGAGCUAUCGCAGUCCCUCGGCGCGCCCGCACAGGGUUCGCAGCAUGACCUAGGGAAUCAGACUAUGUCCCAAUUGCGAGCAAGUUGCGACAGCUUGGCCGAAUUCGUCUGCGUGAACCCGACCGCACUGUUCAGCCAGCUCAACGACGUGAGGCCGAUAGCGCAGCAGAUGCUGAUAGACCCGUCUUGUACUGGUACUAUCGCCGCGUGGGCGAUGGCGGUUGCCGAGUGUCAGAAAGACGCCCGAAACGCGAAGCUCCACCCGGUGGGGGCGUUGAGGCCAGUACUGAUGACCUUCGGCGCCUACGGCCCGAGCACUAGCGGCCUUGAGCAGAACUUCUCGCAGAUCCUCAACCUCGCUGGCGCGAAUCGGCCAGACAAGUGGGGGGGCUACAUACAGGACGAGCUCGUGAUCAAGCAGCCGUGGAGCAAGGACCACAUCGAUCGAGCGGUGGCGCUGGCGCCCAAGAUCUGGGCAAAGAUUUACGGACCGGUUCGCAGGCCAAGAGUGCGCGUCCGCAUGGACUUACACAAGGAAGCCCCCGCAAGGGCGCGCGACGUCAACACUGAGACGUCCUGGAUUCGGGGCAGGCGCGCCGAUGUUCAGGGCGUUGUUUCCCAGACACGGCCAGUCGACUUGAUGAGCGCCCCGGGCACGCGGACCGUCGGGGUUGACGGAUGGACCGCCGACCACGAGAAGGAGGUGAAGUUCCAACAGAAUAAGAGGCAGAAGCGUUUUCACGAUUCC